GAAAGUAAGUCCAAAAAGAGAAGCAAUCGCCAUCGUCAAGCUUGUGCUCUCAGCACGACCCAAUCCCUUUAAUCUCUCUAGCCUGCACGCAACUUGUCAAAUAUUGUAGCUUUUUCUUGGAAUUUUUAAGGAUUUUUUUCGAGAUGGGUUCUUUUCAAAACAACAGCGGAGGAGGCUGGCUGUUCGAUUAUGGGAUUUGUGAUGAUGCUGCAGCUUCAGAUCUCAUCUGGGCUCCUCAGAUCAUCGACGAUCCGAUGGUUUCCAGUACAAUGCUUGGGUUUGAGGUUCCAUGCAAAGAAGGCAGUGUUUCAGAGAAAGCUUGCUCGAGGAAACGGAACCAUGUGGAAUCAUUAGCUGUACCAGGGACCAAAGCUUUUCGUGAGAAGCUGCGAAGGGACAAACUUAAUGACAGGUUUACAGAGUUGUGUUCCAUCUUGGAUCCUGGGAGGCCCCCAAAGGCAGACAAAGUUUCCAUACUUGGUGACGCAUCUCGUCGGUUGAACCAUUUACGUGGUGAAGCAGAGAAGAUUAAGGAAUCAAAUAAAGCACUUCAGGAUAACAUAAAAAGCCUGAAGGAAGAAAAGUUGGAACUGAGGGAUGAGAAAGUGCGUCUUAAAGCUGAGAAGGAGAGGAUAGAGCAAAUGCUUAAAGCUGCAAAUACCGCACCUACUUUUAUACCAUACCCUCCAGCUUCUAAUGCUGCAUUUGCUUCGUAUAAAACUGUCGCAUAUCCAAGUUAUGUACCAGUCGGCACAUGGCAAUGGCUACCCACAGCAGAGCUCGAUACUUCGCAGGAUCAUGUGCUAAGGCCUCCUGUCGCUUAACUUCAGCUUCAUUAGAGAGGCUGCACUCAUUCUUGGUUGCUGUUAAAGCCACUUACAUGGAAAAUGUUAAAAACUUUUUUUGGCAUUUCUGUAUGAGCAUCUAAUGCUUGAUCAAGCUUUGGGGCUCAUGUAUCAAAUACUUACCACGGUCAUUUUUACUAAUGGAAUAUAUUACAAUUGAGAAAAAGGAAAAGAGGGUA